ACUAUAUAUUUUUUUGAUCUGGAUUAUAUGAAACUAAUCGUAACCGAUCUCAUUCAAAUGACAUACUGCUGACUCCAGAAACCAAAAUUGCUGGAUGAUCAAUUGAAACACAGACAGAAACCAAAUUGCUGGAUGAUCAAUUGAAACACAGACAGCAUUUGACAAGGAUUUCACCAUUAGAUCUCUCUGCCUCUGGGUGGAACCAGAGCUGCUGUCUCAUUGUGUGUGCGUCAAUGCCACACCCCGGGGCCUUCCCACUCUUGUGUUGGCUGGGUGUGUUCCUGAAUGCCUCUCUGUGCAAGCAAAGCAGUUCUCUCCUCACCGGUUGAGGUAGUGUUGCAGGUCAGGUGGACUAUGUGGAUCGGGACAUUUUCAGUCUCUGUUUUUAUCACAGAAGGAAGCGUUUGAAGGAAGGAAGAGUUUGAAAGUGCUUUGUAAACUUGUGGAGCCUUACUCGGUUGGAAGGAUUUGCUGGAUGUCAUGAUGCCUGUUGUCUCAAACAUUAUGGUUUUUAAUCCUCAGCUUACAGCUCCGGAGGACGUGAAGGUGAGCAUGGAGCAGUCAGACCAUCAGGAAGAGCAGGUGGUGAACGCUGCCGACCCACAGGUGGUGUUGGAGGUCAGCGCGGCGCCCGAGGGUUCAGAGCAGGUCAUCAGCAGCGAGCUGUUGACCAAGUGUAUUGGUACCAGCGCCAAGGAGAAUGACAGGGAAGCGGAGGAGCCGGACAGCGCCGAGUUGGACAGGGCGCCGUCGGAGAACGGGGACAGGAGCGAUCUCGGAACAGACACUCAGUCUCUGGCCGACGGGAACAUCAGCUGCGACAGCGGCACCUCAUCCAUGGACGACAGGACUCCGACCGGGGCUCCAGACGCAUCUCCAGAAGGUUCCCCCGCCGAAAUGGUUGAGCCGUCACCGCUCUCUCUAAUACAGGAAUCGUCCCCUGCAGUUCUGGAUGGGGUAGACGAACUUUCUCCGGUCAUCUUGGAUGGGAUUGUGGAAUGUUCUCCAGUGGUUCUUGACGGAGCACUACAGUCCUCACCCGCUGUUCUAGAUGGAGCUGAGACAUCUUCUCCGACCGGAUUAGACGGGACGACAGAAUGUUCCUCUGCCGAUAGAGCUGGACUAGCAGAGCCCACUCAGGCUCAGAGUGAGGUGCCCAUGCCUGUUGCCCCAGUGGCUAAUGGCCCCAGCACCGACACCCCAGGCUCUCCUCACAGUGCAGGGGACCGAAGCCCUUCCACUCCCCCAGACUGUGUGAAAACCUCGGGUAAAAACAGCCCACACUCCCCCUACCCGAGCCCCACCCUGGCUCCCAACACAAACACCAGCUCCAGCCCGUACGACACGGACUGCAGCCGGAAGCUGAUGUCCGAGAUCCAGCGCUCCCUCUCGCAGGAGUCCCUGCUGGACGAGCUGGAGUCGGAGCUGCUGUCAUGCCAGCUGCCGGGGGAGGACGGGGGCCACCGGGGGAGCCCCCCCAACGGGAUCCCCAAGAUCUCCUUUGAGAGGUGCAUCCAGCACAAGUACUCUCAGCAGGAGAAAGCCAUCAAGAAGUUGCUGGAGGAGAACCGACGGCACCAGGAGCUGAUCCUGGGCAUCUGCUCGGAGAAGGACGACAUGAGGGACGAGCUGAGGAGGAGGAUGGAGACAGAGAAGCAGCACGUGUCCAGCAUCAAGAAGUAUGAGGGCCGGGUGGAGGAGCUGCUGAGGGAGCUGAAGGAGUCGCGGGAGAAGCUCCAUCAGCAGGACCUGUCGGCCAAGCACGCCAUCCAGCAGAUCCAGCGCGAGGCGGCCUACCGGCUGGAGCAGGCGAAUAAGAAAUGUGAGGAGGCGCGUCAGGAGAAGGAGACGAUGGUGAUGAAGUACGUGCGGGGCGAGAAGGAGGCGCUGGACCUGCGGCGUGACAAGGAGCAGCUGGAGAGGAGGCUAAGGGAGGCCACCCGGGAGGUGGACAAGCAGGCUCUCCGCGGCAACCAGCUAGCCCAGGACAAGGGUCGCCUGCAUCAGCUCCACGAAGUCAAGGAGACUGAAGUGAACCGUCUGGCGCGCGAGCUUGAGAAGGUGAAGGAGGAAAUCAACUCUCAUGUGAUCAAAGUCAAGUGGGCUCAGAACAAGCUCAAGAGCGAGACGGACGCCCACAAGGAGACGAAAGACAAGCUCAAGGAGACCACGGCCAAGCUGACCCAGGCCAAGGAGGAGACCGAGCAGAUCCGCAAGAACUGCCAGGACAUGAUCCGAACCUAUCAGGAAUCAGAGGAGAUCAAGUCGAAUGAGCUGGAUGCCAAACUACGAGAGACAAAAGGUGAACUGGAGAAAAACAAGCAGGAGCAGACAGACCAGUUUGAGAUGUACCAGCACAAGGUUAAAGAGUUGGAUGACCUGAAGAGGACCUUUAAGGAGGGCAUGGAUGAGCUCACAACACUAAGAACCAAGGUGAAGUGUCUGGAGGAUGAGCGCCCACGCUGGGAAGAUGAGCUGACUAAGUACAGAGAGAUCAUCAACCGGCAGAAGGCCGAGAUCCAGAAGCAGAAAGAGAAGCUGGGGGCCAUCCAGAGACUGGAGGACCAGCACCAGAGGGAUGAGCAGGACCUGGCGUCUCUGCGUGAGGAGGUGGACAGCCUGAACGGGCAGAUCACGGACCUGCAGCGGGACGUGCAGGGCAGCCGCACGCGCGAGGCCGAGCUGCUGGGCUUCACCGAGAAGCUGACCAGCAAGAACGCCCAGCUGCAGUCGGAGAGCAACGGCCUGCAGGCGCAGCUGGACCGCCUGACCGAAGACUGCCGCGAGCUCAAGGGGAGGCUGGAGGAGACCGAGAGGGCCCUCGCUGAGACGACAGCCAAGCUGAAGCGUGAGGAGCAGCACCAUGUGGAGGAGGUGCGGGCCCUGCAGGCGGAGCGCUCGAGCCUGCAGGCGGAGACGGCGCAGCUGAAGACCCGUGUGGACGAGCUGAGGGACGAGCUGGUCACGCAGAAGAGGAGGCAGGCCAUCAACAUCAAAGACCUCACCAAACAACUCUCACAAGCGAGGAAGAGGCUGGACCAGAUGGAGAAUGGUGGAUGUGACCGGGACGUCAGCAGCAUGGGAAGCCGCUCCAGCUCGUCAGGUAUCGAGGCCCCAUCCCGUCUGACUACAUUACCCAUAAUCCGCUCUCUGAACGCCCGCGGCAGCAGCACGGACGACCGCUCGCCGGAGAACCAGUCCGGCGGCCCGACGGCGGUGGUGGUGGACAGCUUCCCCGAGGUGGACAAGGCGGUGCUGGUGGAGCGCAUCGUGCGCCUGCAGAAGGCCCACGCCCGCAAGAACGAGAAGAUCGAGUUCAUGGAGGACCACAUCAAGCAGCUGGUCGAGGAGAUCCGCAAAAAGACAAAGAUCCUUCAGAGCUACGUGUUGCGGGAGGAGUCGGGGGCUCUGUCCACGGAGGCGUCUGACUUCAACAAGGCCACCCUGGGCCGGCGCGGGGGCAUCAUGGCCUCGCUGUACACGUCGCACCCGGCCGACAGCGGCCUCACGCUGGAGCUCUCGCUGGAGAUCAACCGCAAGCUGCAGGCCGUGCUCGAGGACACGCUGCUCAAGAACAUUACGCUCAAGGAGAACCUGCAGACGCUGGGAUCUGAGAUUGAGAGGCUAAUCAAGCAGCAGCGUGAGCCAGAGGACAAGACUAGGAGGAAGUGACACGCGUUAUGAAUCCUGCCAGCAGGAUAUUACAUUGUCAGAGCAUGGAGUCAGAUAUACGGACAGUGAUACACACCGAAAAGGACCAAAACGUUACGAAGAGCAACCAUGAUGUCCGACCAACUGCUAUGGACUUAAACCUAACUGAGCCACACAUGCACGAUGAAACACACACACACACACACACACACACACACACACACACACACACACACACACUGCAUGAUUGAUUCCAACUGAAGGAAAAUACUCUAACUCUAACGUGCCAGAGCGCCGCUCACACUCUCAUUGGCUGACGUUCGUGAGGAACCGCUUGUCUGCAGCCAAUCAGAAAUGCCCCCCUCUUCCCAACUGCUCUUCAACCCCCUCACUGUCCUCCUUCUUCCUCAUCUUCAUCUUCCUCUUCCUGCUCCCUACUUUCACUCCAGCUGAGACCCCCGCAGUGCUCUCUCUCUCGCUCACACACACACACACACACAUUCACACACACACACAGCCCAGCUGUGAAACGGCCCUGGUGUUUGAAUGUAGGGUGCCCACGCAUUCUGAUUUGUCUGCACGGGGAGAAAACGAACAGCCUUGCUCGCACAAUGAGCUGCGAAAUGGGCAGCAGCUGAAGUAGAACCAGUGAAGGUCGCCUUCCGAAGACACACACACACACACACACACAAACUUCAUAACUUCCUUCUGCCCAGCUGAAUGCUGACGGAAUUGUAACUGUGUGAUGUAGAAAGAAUGAUUUUCUUUUUUCUUUCUCCAUCUUCUUUUUCAGAAGCCCUAAAGAAAUGGCUGCAACUUCCUGCCUUUUUUCCCUUCAUUCUUAACUUGACCUUCAUCUAUCUCAUAUCUCUGUCCUCCACUUUUUUGUGUGUCUUUCCCUGUCUUUCUGUCUUAGGCCAGCCAGAAGGAAACAGAGGGCUUUGCUGUCUCUCUCUCUCUCUCUCUCACUCUCCUUCUCCCCCUUUUGCUAUGAUAAAUAAGUGCCAUACCACUGAAUGUAUGUGUUGGUACUAAAAGGCCAUGUAAGGUUUGAAGUAUGAAGUGAGAGAGAGAACUCCUACAACUCCUGGCCCAAGUCUCCUACUCCCUCAGCUCUCAUCAGUUCACUUCUCCAGACCAUCUCUCCUCUGCCUCUCUCCUAAACUCAACACACCCCAUCCCAAAGCACUUAGCCUGCAGCCAUGGUAAUACAGCCUGCCCCCCUAUUACCACCGGCUUGAAUAUCUACUCUCCAAAAUUCCAGUAUGGAUGCUCACUGAUAAUGACUAAUCGCUUGUCUUGUGUCUAGAGCUGUUCUUCAGUAAAGGAGUUUUUUUUUUUUUUUAUUCCGUUUCCCCUGCUGUGGGGAUGAAUGAAGGUGCACCAAAAGCAUAAUUGCUAUUAUUAUUAUUUAACCGCUACUGCUGUGGAGUGCCACAGGUAUAUGUCUGUAUAUCUGUCUGUCUGUCGGUCUCUCUUUUGUCUGCUCCUCACGUUGCAGAGCCCACCGUAAGAGCUUUUUUUUUAUUUGUCUGUGUUUUUAAAGUUCACCUCCCUCUGUCUUUCUGUUGGCCCAACCCUUCCUCCUCCUUCUCCUCAUCCUCCUCCUGUCUUCUCUGAGAGGAGGCAACAUUGAAAACGCCUCAGCUGGGUUAAGACCCUCAUAAGGGAUAGGGAAGCAAACAGGCUCAAUUAUCCCUUCUCCGUGCGGCUGGUUUGAAGAUUCCCUCUUGUAAAUAUUGAGGGCAAAAGUGCAAUUCUCCUUUUUUCUUUUUUUCUUUUGUUUUGGGCAGGGCUGCCUUUAAUAUUUUCACAGUGACGCAUCUCUGAGCUGUAGUCGCCCUGGUUACCUGCGAUGGUAAGCUGCUCCCCUUCUUGAAGCAGAAACACACACACUCAAAUACAAUGUCUCUCUCUUCGACACACCCAAAGACAAGAUCGCAUUUACUUAUUGACACUCAAACACAAACACACAUUCACAGAUAACAGAGAACCUCCUGCACACUUUCUAAUAACAUUCUCCCUCUUUUACACACACACACACACACACACACACACACACACACACACACACACACAGACCUACACUCGCACAACCUCUUUCACUUACAGUCAGCAGAGAUGCUGUCACUCCGCCGCCCUCUCUCGCCCCUUGGCACUUGGAGCCACGCUCGGAGCAUUCCGCCAGAUAAAAUGCGGCUCCCCAAAGGCGUCGACAGCGAGCAGUUAUCUUUCCCGUCCAACAGGAAAGCCCGUCGUCAUGACUACACUCCUUAACCCCCCCCCCACAACACCAACUCCACCCUUCAUUGCCCCUCCCCCCCCCCCCAUGGGGUUUUAUUCAACUUGGAAGACGUCAGCGGAGCUAUUCUCCACCGUCUCCAGACGCCCCUCGCACACACCGUCACAUAUGCAGUCACCUAAUCAGAAGUGAACCGAAGGUGACACUUCAUUCAACUGUCUCCGUGGUUACUUUCCAGCCACCCCACCACCACCCAUCCAUCACAGCGCAUUCCAAUCAAGCCACCACCUCUUUGACCCCUUUCCGAAGAAGAAUGUAGUGUUCCUAUGGAGCCUGGCAUCUGCCGACUACGAUAGCUAUGGCAUCUGCCCCCUCCCCCCGCCGAUAAAGAUGUGUUGAUUUUGUUUGGGAGUCGACCUGAGACUAGUAUUGCUGCAACGCCCCUUCUGAAAUAUGAACAUGACAUAAAUAUGAAGUAUCUCUUGAAGUGUGUGUGUUUCUGUGUGUGUGUGUGUGUGUGUGUGUGUGUGUCCAUGAGUGGUCAAUUGUGAUUUGCAAUUGUGUUUUCUAAAAGAAAAAAAGAGAACGGAAGAGAAAAAAGAAAACCGCUUUUUUUUUUUUCCUGUUGAUUCCAAUCUGUCAGCUAUGCUCUGUCUGAUUGAAUAGUCAUGAAAACUGUGAUUAUAUAUUUGUAGAUAUGGUAAUAUUAUGUAAAUGUUUUUAAAACUAUGGUUCCUGAUUUCUUUCUGUAUAUAUGGCGUUUACAGGGAAUAAACAUGCUGAAAUCA